UGUGAACUUGUGAGUUGUGACGAAAUGUUCAAUUUUCGGAAGAUUUAUUCAAAUUCCAUAAGAAGAUAAUAAAACUUUAUAAUAGAAAUAUGUGUAUAAGAAGCAUAUGCAUUGUCUUUAUGUUGUUAUGUGGUACUUUUCUAAUCAGAUGUCACAGACAGAUAGGGCCUGACCCUUGGGACUAUGAAAGUACUACAAAAAAUGAAUUUAAAGAUGAUACGCCACCAGAUCUUAAGGCUCAAGCGUUUAAAAGAGCAUCGACGAUGAACAAUGGUUACGGUGAUUGGUUUUAUAGGCGGUUGUUAGCAAUAGUACUAAAAGGUGGAAAUGUACAGAAGCAAGAGGAUGGAAGCGUUGAGAUAUUAUUGCAAAUGAGAAUAAGUCAAGAACGAUGGAAAAUCAUGGAGGAGUACAUCGUUGAAAAUUCUGCACUAAGUGAAGAUAUGUUUAGAAGAUCUAUCGGUUACAUAGAAGAUUCCAUAUAUAAACCUACGGUAUCUGAGAAGAUUGUAAUGGCCUGGAGUGAAUAUAUUCAGUUUUAUUUAUUUGAAUAUAAACAAUAUAUUACCUGGUGCUUGGGCUGCACGGCGGCAGUGUCAUUAACAAUUUGGCUAUGGAAGCAUAUUUCACACAAACAUGUUCUAAUAUUGGUCUUUGCUUUAUUGUAUCUGUAUGAAGUUUUUAUAUCCUACAAAGAGGCAGAAAAGGAGGAGCUUAAUGCAUUUAUAAAAGCUGUAAACACAUGCAAAUGGCAAAUUUGGACUUCGGAAUGCGAGGUGCCACCUCCUGAUCUGCUAGUGUUCCUCAAGCAUAUGAACCCAUUAAAGAUCGCCAUUAGAAUGUUUUCGACACUCAUAACAGAGCCAAUGCUGACAAUACAUGAAACUGUAAAGAUAAUGGUGGAAGGAUUAACAGAUGGAUUAUUGUAUCCCUUUAACAAAAUAAUGUAUGGAAUAAUAGUUUUAAUUUUUAGUGGAAUGAUAAUGUAUUUAUUGAUUUCAGUCAUGUGCAACUUUAUCUUAAAUAUACCUUUUAAACUUCACCUACCAUUUAUGAAAAUAUUUUUAAGUCAACGUAAAAGAAAUUUAAAUAAUUUUAAUGCCACCCCUUCGAGAAAUGAUAAUGGUGACCGAAUAAGUGGAGAUACUCUGAGACAACUCCUAGAUGUUUUAAAAGAUCGCCAAACAAAUCAAUUAGGGACCCAUCAGGCAAUCACAAACGGUUCAGAAAAGAACAAAAAGUUGAAAAGACUUACUAAAAUGGGUAAUCAAGCUAUGUCCAGUACAUCUAGUUUAACUAAAAAUCUGGGCAGUAAACUAAGUAAGAUUAAAUUUAGACCUAGUCAUAAUGGUAGUGGAGACGCAGGAAAUUAAGUACCAUAAUAAAUGUUAUGAAAAUAUGUAAGCUAUAAAAAAUCAGUAUGUAUUAAAUGAAAAUCUCGAAACUUUCAUGAAGAUUGCUCUCUAAAGUCAAAAAAACCUCUUUUGUACCUAAAUACAUAUUUCAUUCAUAGUAUGUUGGAAAUAGUUAUUGUGAUGAAAGCAAACUGUAACAUCUUUUUUAUGCAAUGUUUUAAAUGUUUACUUAACAUAAACUUCCU